UUUCUCUCCCAAUUUCCCCUACACAGAAGCCUGCCGUCACAUUCCUUCUUCCUUAGAAAUCGAUAACAAUGGUGAAACGGAAUCAAGUUUCGCAGGCUCAAGAAGCAUUUCCAAUUGAAGAACAAUGUAAAUCGCUGAUUAAGAAGCUUGCUUCUUGCAAGCAGACCAUUCGCGAUAGAUCCCUGCGAACUGUUCUUCGUAAUUGGCUCCCGGAACAGACUGAAAUCCCUGACGAAGACAUGAAGAAGCUAUGGCAAGGCAUCUUCUACUGCAUGUGGCACGCCGAUAAGUCUCUUUACCAAUCCGAGCUCAUCGAUCGUCUCUCCUCUGCUCUCCAAUCCCUUCCUCUCCCUCUCGCUCUCCACUACUUCACCGUAUUCUUGUUCACCAUGCGCCGCGAGUGGUCCCGCAUCGAUCGACUAAGGUUAGACAAGUUCUACCUCUUGAUUCGCAGGUUUUUGCACGCCUUCUUCUCUCUUCUCGAUAGCAAUUCGUGGGAUUUGGAUUUCACUCGCCGUUUGAUGGGUGUUUUGUUCGAUGGGACUUUCCUUGCUGGUGAUAAGUUUCAGGGGAAUGGUGUUAACUAUCAUAUAGCUUCUGCCUUUGUUGAAGAGCUUAGAUCGUUUCUUCCUCUAAGGAAGGAGGUUUUGGAACUUCUUUUUGCCCCUUUUGUGACAAUUUUGGGCGUAGUUAAUGACAAGAUUUUGGUGGCGAAGAUUAAGAGUAAUUUGUUUGAUGAGUUCCUGAAGAUGGGGAAGAAGCUUCUGGAUAUCAAGAAAUCUGGGAAUGAUACUGAGUCUGAGGAUGAUGAUGUACUGGUUUUGGGAUCCAUUGCCCUGUCUAUGGAGUUUGCAAAGAGGUUCUAUGAGAUGGGUUCUUCUCCAGAUUGCCAUCAGGGUAAUAGGAAAGCUAUAUUUUCUCUUCACAAAGAGUUCUUGCAGCUGGAGAAGGAUAUGUCGACUUCUGGUAUAGAAGUUUCUAUCACAGAAGCUUCUCGUCCUGGCGACGAUGAAGUGCCUGAACUGGUUCCCAUGUCCGAAAAGGCGGAAGCAGAUGAAUCAAAAGCUGUUUCUGAGUCUAAGAAGGUUGUUGCAAAUGGGUCUUCGUCAAAGAAAAAGAGUUUGAAGAAGUGUUCAAAGUCUAAAAAAGGCAGUGUCAAGAAGGACGCUGAUGUAUUGGAUCUUGGUAAGAAAGAUGAAGCUUUUGAUGAGACUAUGAUAUCGGAUCUUCGACAGGAGUUUGAGAAGAUUGCAUCCGAAAUGGGACCAUCAAGAGCUGAGGUUGCGAGUGUCUGUGAAGAAGCAGAACCUGUGCCAAUAGCCAAAAAGACCAAGAAGAGGAAAAGAGAGAACAAAGGGGUAGAGCAAGGUACUAUUGUUAACAGAGAUGCAGCAGAGACGAGCUUAGCCGGCCCGAGCAGUGAGAAGAGCUCAAAGAGAGUAAAAUUCGCAAUGAAGAACAAUUUGGUGUGGAAGCCACAUUGCCCUCUACCUCCACAAGACUUGAGGUUGCCUCCGUCUGCUACGCCAAGAGGAAGUGCUCUCAAGAAGGGAAUCCCGGCCGGUCCAGUGAGGGAGUUGUCUUCUCAGAGUAGGAAGACGAAGAAGAAAGUAAAACCCAACCCACGCAAAGGAGUGAAGACGAUCAAGAAGCUGAAGAAGAAAGUGUCGCCAUAGAAAUGGAGUCUUGUUGAGUUAACCGUUGCUUUGCUUUUUGCUUUUCUUUAUAAUUUGUUUUAGUUCCAACUCUUUAAGACGUCUUGGAGAUUUUGUUUGCU